UGUCGCUGGAGGGAAGACGCGACUCGGCUGAAGCUUGGGGGGAGCGCGCGUGCGCCUUCGCGAGUUCUGCGCUGCCGGGGCCGCGGUGUGAGUGCCGGUGGGAGACAGACGUGCGGGCCGCGGGAAUGUUCCGAAAGGCCCGGCGAGUGAACGUGCGUAAGCGGAAUGACUCGGAGGAGGAGGAGCGAGAACGCGAUGAGGAGCAGGAGCCGCCGCCGUUGCUGCCGCCGCCGGGCACCGGCGAAGAGCCGGGCCCCGGCGGCGGCGACAGGGCCCCCGGGGGGGAGCCGCUGCUGGGCCCGGGGCUGCCUCCGCCUUCCGCGCUGACCUCGGGCCCCGGGAUUGAAGCCGGGGGCUGCUUCCCGGGAGGCGCGGAGCCCGGCAACGGGCUGAAGCCGCGCAAGAGGCCACGAGAGAACAAAGAGGUGCCCCGGGCCAGCCUGCUCAGCUUCCAGGAUGAGGACGAAGAAAGUGAAGAAGUUUUCAAAGUGAAGAAAUCAAGUUAUAGCAAAAAGAUAGUAAAAUUGCUUAAGAAAGAAUAUAAAGAAGAUCUUGAAAAAUCGAAGAUUAAGACAGAAAUCAACUCAUCAGCUGACAGCGAACCUCCUUUGGACAAAACAGGUCAUGUUAAGGACACCAGUCAAGAAGAUGGAGUUAUCAUCAGUGAACACGGGGAAGAUGAAAUGGAUAUGGAAAGCGAGAAGGAAGAAGAAAAGCCAAAGGCUGCCGGAGCCUUUUCAAAUGCUUUAUCUUCUUUGAAUGUUCUCCGUCCAGGAGAAAUUCCAGAUGCAGCUUUUAUACACGCUGCAAGGAAAAAGCGUCAGAUGGCCCGGGAAUUGGGAGAUUUCACUCCUCACGAUAGUGAGCCUGGUAAAGGCCGCCUUGUUAGAGAAGAUGAGAAUGAUGCCAGUGACGACGAAGACGAUGAUGAGAAACGCCGGAUAGUUUUUUCUGUGAAAGAAAAAUCACAAAGACAGAAAAUUGCGGAGGAAAUAGGUAUUGAGGGGAGUGAUGAUGAUGCUUUAGUAACUGGAGAACAAGAUGAAGAGCUCAGCCGAUGGGAACAGGAGCAGAUAAGAAAAGGAAUUAAUAUCCCUCAGGUUCAAGCAAGUCAGCCCACUGAAGUGAACAUGUACUACCAGAACACUUACCAGACAAUGCCUUACGGUUCAUCCUAUGGCAUUCCUUAUAGUUACACAGCCUACGGAUCAUCCGAUGCCAAAUCUCAAAAAACAGAUAAUACAGUCCCUUUCAAAACUCCCAGUAAUGAGAUGACUCCCGUUACUAUUGAUUUGGUAAAGAAACAGCUUAAAGACAGGUUGGACUCCAUGAAAGAACUGCACAAAACAAAUCGACAGCAGCAUGAGAAACAUCUGCAAAGCCGAGUGGACUCCACCAGGGCUAUUGAAAGAUUAGAAGGGUCUUCUGGGGGUAUUGGUGAACGGUAUAAAUUUUUGCAAGAAAUGCGAGGGUAUGUCCAAGACUUGCUUGAGUGUUUCAGUGAAAAGGUGCCACUGAUUAAUGAACUUGAAUCAGCAAUACAUCAGCUGUACAAACAGCGAGCUUCCCGCCUUGUCCAAAGACGACAAGAUGAUAUUAAAGAUGAAUCUUCGGAGUUUUCAAGCCAUUCAAAUAAAGCUCUGAUGGCGCCAAAUCUUGAUUCCUUUGGACGAGAUCGGGCACUGUAUCAAGAGCACGCAAAACGUCGGAUUGCAGAACGGGAGGCCAGAAGGACUCGUCGUAGACAAGCCAGAGAGCAAACCGGUAAGAUGGCAGAUCACCUUGAAGGCCUGUCCAGUGAUGACGAAGAAACAUCUACAGAUAUUACAAAUUUCAAUCUGGAAAAAGAUCGCAUUUCAAAAGAGUCCAGCAAGGUAUUUGAAGAUGUCCUUGAAAGUUUCUGUUCAAUCGAUUGUAUUAAAUCCCAGUUUGAAGCAUGGCGUUCAAAAUACUACACAUCCUACAAGGAUGCUUACAUCGGCCUUUGCUUGCCAAAGUUGUUCAACCCCCUCAUAAGGCUGCAGCUUCUCACUUGGACUCCUCUUGAGGCAAAAUGUCGUGACUUUGAGAAUAUGCUGUGGUUUGAAUCUUUGCUGUUUUACGGUUGUGAAGAGCGAGAGCAAGAAAAAGAUGAUGUAGAUGUUGCACUGUUACCUACCAUUGUGGAAAAGGUGAUUCUCCCUAAACUAACAGUGAUAGCUGAAAAUAUGUGGGACCCCUUUUCUACAACACAGACUUCAAGAAUGGUUGGAAUUACUCUAAAAUUAAUAAAUGGGUAUCCUUCAGUAGUGAAUGCAGAAAACAAAAAUACACAGGUGUACCUAAAAGCACUUCUUUUGAGAAUGAGGAGAACUUUAGAUGAUGAUGUAUUCAUGCCCUUGUAUCCCAAAAAUGUCUUGGAAAAUAAAAAUUCUGGGCCUUACUUGUUUUUUCAACGACAGUUUUGGUCUUCAGUUAAGCUCUUAGGGAAUUUUCUUCAAUGGUAUGGCAUUUUCUCAAACAAAACUCUUCAGGAAUUAUCAAUAGACGGUUUAUUAAAUAGAUACAUUCUCAUGGCUUUUCAGAAUUCAGAAUAUGGCGAUGACAGCAUCAAAAAAGCCCAAAAUGUGAUCAGUUGUUUCCCCAAGCAGUGGUUCAUGAAUCUGAAAGGAGAAAGAACUAUUUCUCAGUUAGAAAACUUCUGUCGAUACCUUGUACACUUAGCAGAUACAAUUUACAGAAACAGUAUCGGGUGCUCUGAUGUGGAAAAAAGAAAUGCAAGGGAAAACAUAAAACAGAUAGUAAAACUCCUUGCAAGUGUUCGAGCUCUGGAUCACGCUAUGUCUGUUGCAAGUGACCACAAUGUGAAAGAAUUUAAGUCUUUGAUCGAAGGAAAAUAGAUCUAUGAGACUGAAAAGAAGCCUAUUUGUUCUAAUACCAUUCCCAAUGUAAAAAUUUUGUAUAUAUGUAAAGUUUCUUAAACUGUAAAAUAUUGACUCUUGUUUUAAUACAAAGAACAUUAUUAAUAUUCAA